AUGGGCUCGGACGUCUGGGUAGGGCCCUGGCGACCGCACCGGCCGCGCGGCCCCAUCGCGGCGCUCUACAGCGGUCCUGGGCCUAAGUACCAGCUGCCGCCCAACACCGGCUACCUCCUGCACGACCCGUCCCGGCCUCGGGCCCCCGCCUACUCCUUCGGCGCGCGGCUCCAGACUCAGCUGACCACAUGCGGCCCGGGACCCGGCUACCUGGUGCCCGCCCGCAUGACCGCGCGCGGCCUGGACUGCGCCCCCGCCUAUUCCAUCUACGGCCGCCCGCGCCACUCGGCGCCCUUCCGUACUCCGGGACCUGGCAGGUACUUCCCGGAGCGUGCGGGGAACGCGACGUACCCCUGCGCGCCCCGCCACACCAUCGCGCCCCGGAACUGGGGUGUCCGCACCCAGCAGCAAACCCCAGGCCCCGGGGCCUACACGGUGCCCUCCCUCCUUGGCCCGCGCGUCAUCGGCAAAGCCUCGGCCCCGACCUACUCCAUCUACGGGCGCAGCGCCCUGGGCAGCUGCUUCGAGGACCUCAGCAAGACCCCAGGCCCCUGCGCCUACCACGUGGUGAGCCCCGGGGUCUACAAGUCCAGGGCCCCGCAGUUCUCGAUGCUGGCGCGGACGUCCAUCCCGCAAGACAGCACUCAGAAGCCCGGGCCGGCGGCCUACAACGUGGACCAGCCCCGGAAGCCUCGCGGCUGGAGCUUCGGGAUCCGGCACUCCGAGUAUCUGGCCUCGGCCCUGGCCGACCUGGACACCUGA